GGAAGCAUGGGAUGCGGGCGCGUCGACUUGCGCUAUCGUGCCGUCGUGUAGGCGUGUAGUGACCGCUCGCAGCCGUUCACAGCGCGCAGCCUCGCGCCAAAGCGCCGCCGCACACCGGCAGCUCUCUGCACCACCGGAGCCAGGGAGGCGUUUCCAGCCGCGCGUUGACAGCGCGCAGCCGUCGCGCCAAUAGCUCAGCCGCCGCCACGCAAGCUCCGCGCGCGGCGCCAAACAAGGAACCAUGGGAAAGAAGGACGAAGAGCCGCCGCCAAUGGACGCCGCCACGCGCCGGACCGUGGCAAACAUCCAGGCGGACUGGGACAACCGCGAACUUGUGGAAAUUGUACAAUUGAACCUCCUGACGAUCACGAAGUUCCUGAACGACUUUGAUAGCGCGACGCGCUACAAGCUAGCUAGAGUCAACGAGAAGCUCACGCGGCUGGAACGGACGCUGGACUCGUGCGAGGCCGCGGUGAGGGCGACGCUCGAGGGCGAGAGCUCCUCAUCAUCGCCGCCGCCGCGGAAGCCGCCGCCGCCGUCGUCAUCGCCUACGAAAAAGAAGCCGCCGCCACCGCCCUCGCCGCCCAAGAAGAAGCCUCCGCCGCCGCCUCCGAAGAAGUGAGUGUGGUUGGCCCCAGGCGUGUGUAAUGUGAAUGUCUACUGAUUUUCAGUUGACCGG